GAAAGCAGAAGAAAAGGAAAGAAAGAAAAAGAAAACUGUGGUCAGAAUCUUAACCGAAGCCCACGUCAUUUUAAACGCACAUGCAUUUACAGCGCGUGUAAUACAACCUAAGCAAUUCCAACGCCCCUCCACUCCACGCGUCAGAAGAUUGCGUGUGACAGCGCUUACUCAACAGAACACCUCAGUACAGAACAGAAGCCUACGGGAAAGAACGAGAAAGAGAGAAAAGAAAAAAAAAAUUCAAAAGAGAAAUAGGGAAAAAAAAAACAGAUAGAAAAACGGCAAGGCAGAAAAUCUGGAGGAUCUAGGGUUUCCUUGGAUCUCUCAGUAUCGAAAAAUUCGAUGAUUUGAUAUAGAUUUAUAUGUAUUUUUAAUCGAUUAGUUCUUUGUUUAUAUUAUUAUUAGGGUUUUCGAGACGGGUAAGUUGAUUUUUAAAGUUUGAGAGGCUGCAGUGACUUUUUUUUUUAAAGACAGUAGUUGUGGAGUUAGGUUUUAAUCUAUCGAACCCUAAAAUCGGUGAUUUUUGGAAUUGGACUGCAACAUUUCAACCGAGAAUCGAAUCUGGAAAGGAGGGUUUUUGAGAGAUUUUUUUUAUCUUAAUAUAAUAUAGUAUUUUUUUCAAUCUGUAAAUAUGCGAGGACUGCACAAAUCGAAAAGGGUUACUUGGGCACCGGAUGUUAACCUUUGUCAGAUAAGGCUGUUUCUAUCAGAGGAAUCACCUUCACAAAUUGGGUUGGGCACACAAGAUCACCUGCAAGCAAAAACCUCUUCGGUAUCACAUUUAAUUGGGGCAGCUGUGGAUGACUUUCUACCUCCUGGCUUUGAAGGAGCUCAUUCUACAAAUCAUCUGCAGAUUAAAUUGCCAGAAAUCCCUGUCAUUAAAUGGAGAUGUCCCCUCAGAUUUGUAUUGGACUUGAAUUGGCAAGUAAUUGCCGGAGAGGAAAGUAAAGAGGUGGAGAUUCAAAAUCAGAGAGAAGUGGGAUUGCUUGAAGCUGUUUAUCCACGCCCAUCUGCAAUUCCUACAAACCCUUCUGUUUCGGCUGAUGCAGAAAGCUGUCACUAUGAUGAUCAUCGUACUCCCCAAAUACCCAUCACUCCUAUUGAAGAUGAGGAUGCAGCAAUUGAAACAUCUGACGUCUUAGCACCAUUCAGUGCCCCCAUUAGUUCACAGCUCCGGUUGUUGGCUCCUGGUAUUUUACCUCCUCUGCAUUGCGGUAUGCCAAGUGUUUCAAGUGCUUCAGGUAAUGAGAAACCAGCAGCUGCAAUGGUCCUUAAUGUUGAACCCAGUGUAGCAGCUGCUGCAUCUGCUGCCUUUACAGCAAUUAACCAAAGCAAUGAAUGUGGAAACAUGAUUGAUCCUGACUUGCUCGUCAAAAUUCUCAGCAACCCAAAAUUAUUUGAGAAAUUGGUUACAGAUUAUGGAGCGGCUUCAGGUGCACAAAACUUACCUAAAUCAGCAUCCCCUUUGCUACCUUCUUCUGACCCACCUCCACCUGUAAAUCUAUCCGAUCCAUUUCCUGCCCACUUCAACAGAACAGCAAAUGGUAUGGCAUCCCUAGCAGCUACUUCUGGUGGAGCGUUAUAUGCUCAGCCAAAUGAGGUUGGACUUGCACCCUCUAAUAAACAGGGUCCUGUUCCCAGUGUCCAUCCAGUUUCGCCUUCACCUGCUGUUGGACUUCCUCAGAAGAAGGAUGUAAACUAUUACAAGAACUUGAUUCAGCAGCAUGGAGGAGAAAGACAAGGAGCAGCUCAGAAGUUCAAUAGCCGAUAUAAUCACCAGCUAAGACCAAACCAAGAACUAAUAAAUAACCCCAAAUCAAGAGAUUCGAAGCCGAGGAUAAUGAAGCCUUGUUUGUACUUUAACAGUUCCAGGGGAUGCAGGAAUGGAGCCAAUUGUGCGUAUCAACAUGAUACAUCGCCCCAGAAUUCAAAUACUGACGCUUCAAAUGCAAAGCGAAUGAAAAUGGAUAGAGAGAUAAGCAGUUAGCAAAUACUAGUGCAAAUAUGCCUUUUUCACUUAGAAAAAGCGUGCCGCUGCCCUACCUUUUAUUCCUUUACUGGCUUGUUUUCUUUUUGCAAAUAGUUUAAUUCCAGUACUCACCCUUUGUUUUUUUCCUGAAUCAAGCAUUGAGAUUUAAGUUAUGGGCGAGAGAGCCUGGAUAAUCACAAUCAAUUGAGGAUAUUCAUCUUUAAGAGAGCAUAUUUUGUUUCCUUUUCCGUCAUAUUGCAGGCAUUGCUAAUCUCGCUUACAUAAAUGACACUAUCACAAGGAAUGCUGGCCGGCUGUCCACGCUGAAAACUACAAUGUGGAGUACUUGAAUUUCAUGAAUUGUCCACGCUGAAAACUACAAUGUGGAGUACUUGAAUUUCAUGAAUUUUGCUUGGAAAGGAGCAAUUAAUCCCAAAAAACUUGGUUCUUCGAAAUGCUGCAUGGUCGCUGUCUUUAUUUUUCUUUGGGUUUCGCUUUUCAUUUUAAACAAGGCCCGAGCCCAAAAGCCAGAUUGUUAUACAAGCAAAUGAUACAAAAAGACCUUUUUUUAUCUUUAGAGCAUUUUUUAAAGAGCUUCAUCUAAUUCCCUCGGAGUGAACAUACAAUCCAACUUCGGUUUCUGUAAUAACAACGACAGAAGGAAGAAGAUGUUGAAGUUUCUAUCGAAAGUACGGAUUGAGUUCAAUGCAUUGGACCCACGCAUAGCUUCAUGCAUGGAGUUCUUAGCCCAGUGCAAUGCCCGCAAAGCCAAAGAAUCGAAUCCCGUAUGCUAGCUUCAGGUCAAGCGCCGCACCGACGAUCACCCGCCCCAAAUCACCGUUACUUUCGUCAACGGAGUGGAAGAAGUUUUCGAUGCCACAUCGACUCCUGCACAGACCAUAAGGAACAUGAUUCUCGAAAAAGGUCAGCUCCUUGAGACCGAGCAAAUGCUCCGUGAAGCUGGAGAGAAGUGGCCCGUUAUUAUACCUGGGGAGGAGCUUCACCAAUCGCUUCCUGGAACUAACGUUUGGGCAUAUAUAUAUAUAUAUAUAUAUAUAUUCUCAGUUUAAUGAUUUCUGGCGAGGAAAGCAGAAGAGAAGAAGCAGUGACUCCAGUCUGUCUGAUCUUGGCCAUUUUACUGGAUGUCACUUUGGAAGAUCAUCAAAUGUUCCAUUGUAUGAUGAAGCCCGAGAAAGUACCUUACAUGAACAUUUUGAAGCCUGAUUUAUGCUGCUAGAAUGUGUUUUCUUAUUCUUCCUAAUGUUGGGUGUAUCAAGUUACUUGAAUUGAACUCUAUCUAUAUGAGUUAAUUGUUAGAAUCUCAUUUGAUUUCUUUGAUUUCAUCUAUUUCUUGUUAUAGGAAAUCCUUUUUGGUUGAAUCUCGCUGUAACGAUCUACAAAUAAUAGCAAAGUUUUUGCUUUGAUAUGACUUUUUCUGCUUAUGAUAUGAAUUGACUAUAUCAUGCUGUAUGCACGAUAUUACCCAUAUGAAUUUUCAUGUUGCUUCAAUUGUGGGACUAGUCGACCUUGAUGCUGCCACGUGUGCAGACAUGAAAAAUGUAACUCUACGAUUGAUUUGAUAAUCCCUGGAAAAACGAAUUUAGAGCCGUUGAUCUUGCUUACUUUUAAAUUUUUAAAACUGUGAAAAGUCAAAGUCUCUUCUUUCUUAAGAAUAACCCAACCGACAACUUUGCUCUCCUAGAGUUACUGUGUCUUAAAUCUGAAUUUCCUGGGACUAAGUGAAAGAAAAUCUCAACUUGCUCCAUUUCACAAAUCCAACUCUCAAAAAGACUAAAAGACCCAUUUUUAUCCUCUCUCGCUUCACUCCCUAGCAGAGAAGCAAUAGAA